CUGAUAACAGUUAACAAAAAACAGCAGCACGGUUGUUUGAGAGCUGUGCAACUGUAAAAUGGUUUAACUUCAAUAACAAUUAAGGCCAGAUCUGUAGUUGUUUCGAUUUUUGGAUUAUUAUGUUAUCCUAUUUUGUCCUUAUUACUCAAAUAAAUAGUAACUCUUACAUUAAUUUGGGUAAUCCUCAAUUAUGAUGUAGGUGAACAAGUAUGAAUGUUGAUGCCGAAAGCUCCGGGUGUUAUUAUUAUAGCCAACAUGGAAAUUAUGGGGUGAAGAAAGAGAAGAAGGUGCUGUGUAUACAAUUUACUUAAAAAAAGUUCGUUAUCAAAAUCCUACAAAAACAUUGCUAUUGGAGUCAGAUGAUGAACGGUCUCAUUUAGAAUGGGAAACUGUGAGAGUAAAAUUUAUUAAAGCAGGAACAAUUGAAAAACUUGUUAAUAGUUUAGCAUCAGAUGAUGGCGAAUUAGAAUCAACUUUUAUGAAUAUAUUUCUAGCCACUUAUAGAACCUUUUCAUCGCCUCAUCAUGUUUUAUCCUUAUUAAUUGAAAGGUAUGAAUGCUUGAUAAAUAAUAAAGAAAAUUUAUCUGAAUCUAUGAUUGAUCCUCAUAAAAAGACAGUAGUAUCAGCAUUGCAUGUAUGGUUAGAUUCAUAUCCAGAGGAUUUUCGGGAUCCUCCUUUACAUACUUGUUUGCGAUGCUUACGUUCAUUUACAUUCUUAUAUUUACCAAAAACUGAACUGCAUAUUAAAGCAACUUAUAGAUUAGAUAGAUAUCUUAAAGAAUGCAAGCAACUUGAAGAAACAUCUAUGUUCUUAAGUAAUGAUUAUGAUUUGGUUAUUGGGGAAUCACGACAACUUCUUUACAAUUUUCCUGAUGUCGCUGAGAAACAUUUUGCUGAACAAUUGACUCGAAUGGAUAAGGAUGUGUUGAAAAAAAUGGUUGCACAUCAAUGUUUGGGUGCUGUGUGGUCUAAAAAUAAAAGAGCGGGAUCUGCACCAACAGUUUUGGCUACAAUUGAUCAAUUUAAUGCGGUUUCACUUAGGGUUAUAAGUACUGUUUUAUUGGCUUUAUACUCUGACAGAGCACAUGUAAUUGAAACUUGGAUUGACAUUGCACAAGAAUUAAGGGUUCUAAAGAAUUUCUCUUCACUAAAAGCAAUAAUUUCUGGAUUACAAUCUAACUCUGUGUUUAGACUUCAAAAGACUUGGCAAUCAGUACCUCGCGAUAAAGUGGAACUUUUUCAAGAAUUAGCACGAAUAUUUAGUGAAGAAAAUAAUCAGUGGGCUCAACGAAAAUUAUUGAUACGUGAAGGCACUGCAAAAUUUGCUGAUACUUUUAACAACAAUGAUAGACAUUUGCAAAAAAUAAUUAAAAAACAACAAAUAACUAAAUUAAACAUUGGCACAAUUCCUUACUUGGGAACAUUUUUAACUGAUUUGACUAUGAUUGAUGCGGCAACUCCAGAUGUUUUACCUGAUGGUCUUAUUAAUUUUGAUAAAAAAAGAAAAGAGUUUGAAGUAUUAGCUCAAAUAAAGUUACUUCAAGGUGCUGCAAAUUCAUAUAAUAUUCCUGAAGACACUGUGUUUGAUCAAUGGUUCUAUUCAAUUUUGGUUUUGGAUGAUAGAGAAGCAUUUAGAAUAUCUUGUCAGAUAGAAGCUCCUGAUAAUUUACCAUCAUCUUGUGCUAAUUCUAUAAUGGGGACUCUAAAAAAACAGAAUUAUGACUUUAAAAAAAAUGAUUCCAUAUCAAGUAAUUGUAGUAAUAAAAGUUUCUAUGGGUUGUCAGAUGAUGGUCUGCAUUCGCCAAAUAAUUCUUUAGACAAACAGAAUUCCUUGCUUGAUUUAUCUUCGUCAUCAAGUAGUUAUUCUUUACAUUCAUUUGAUAUGUCAAUUUCUGGAAGCAACAAUAUAAUUCAUUCAGUUAAAAAUAGUAUUAAUAAUUCAACUUUUAAUACAACAUCCGAUUUUUAUAUAAUUAGAAUUACAGUUGAUGCUGAAAAUGUAGCAACUGAUGGAGUUGUGCUGUAUAAAAGUAUAAUGCUUAGUAAUAAUGAACGUACACCUCAAGUUAUUAGAAAUGCUAUGUUAAAAUUUUGUAUUGAUGAUGAUCCAGAUAAUUAUAUAUUAUCACAAGUAUUACCAGAUAGAGAAAUGAUUUUACCUAUGACAGCUAAUGUUUACUAUGCAGUAAAUACAGAAUAUGAUUUAAAUUUUUUAUUAAGAAAAAAAUCCUGGAAAAAAGAUAAUACUAUUUCUAAAAAAUAAAUUUUUUUUGGAAUAAUGAAUACUAAAUGGCCAAAUUUGCCCAUUCCUAUUCUAACUGAAGUGCUAUUGAAUUAUUUAAGUGGAAACACCUUAUUGUAAAUUAAUUAAAAACUAUUGUAAAUUUUUAGUAUCAAUUAUGUAUGUAUAUAUUAUUAUAUUUAUAUUGAAUUAGUACAAUUUGUAAUUUGCUAUUGAAACAAAAACAUUGUUAACUUAUAAUUACUUUUUUAAUUAAAUUAAAUUUUUAGCAAAGUAUAAAAUAAA